AUGUUGUUCUUGAAUCAUACAUCCAUCUCGAGUUUAUGCAAAACCAAUCGGAACGCUUUAUUCACUUGCAUAAUCAUUUGUUUUGUACAAUGGUGUUACCUCUCAAAUCAAUAUGUUUUAUCGGAAGGAGAAACAAAAUUUUCGAAAUUGAUUCCAGAGGAGCCUUCCUCAUCAAACAACAAUUUAUUUGUUAAAUAUUAUAAUAAUUUAGUGAAUUUACAAAAUCAAAUUGAAAUUUUACAAACGACCAUCCCAACCGUUAGACAAGCUUGCUACAUAACGCUUCCUUCCAAUCCUGAUAUGAUUAUUGAUGUUUUACAAGCAGCAUCUCCGGUUGGUUAUUAUUUGGUACAACCUUCCAGUGAUUCAACAUCUGUUACAACAACGCAAAGAUCCGUUAAAAACAUUCAAGACAGCUACAGCACCGAAUAUUAUUUGGUGCAAAUAUGUAACCCAGUUACAAAUGUAUCAUCAAUGUGUGGAAAUGAUUUAAUUUACCAAUUUAAAGCUGUAGCAUAUCUGGUGGAUGGAUCAUCUUGCAAACCGUUGAGCAACACUGGAGGUCCAACUGUGAAAUUACUUCAAAAUUCGACUCACACACUUGGAAUAUCUUUGGUGUACACGCCAUUUGGUGUGAACAACUUUCUGAGCGGCACUAAUAUUGAUUUAUAUUGCAACCGAUAUGCCUCUGUAAAUACCACACAGGAACAAUUGGUAUUCAAAAAGAAAAUAACUAAUGUUCUAACCACUACAUAUUAUUUUGAAAUGUAUACGCAAUAUGCAUGUCCAUUCAAUGGUACCGCUCCAGAAACCCAUCAGGAUUAG